AUGGAUCGCGCGCCACUCGUUGCCAGUGCCAAAGUCGGCGCCUCGUCGGGACUCAAAGCCGAGAGCAGCAGCAGCAGUCCCAAUCGCCUCACGUAUGUGUCGCUCCCCCUGCGUGUCGCGCGUGAUGCCACGCGGGACAAGACGAUCUUUCGCUGCACGUUUCCAGGCUGUGGGCGCGAGUUUCAGCUCAAGGGGAACCUCAAGCGGCACCUGAACAUCCACAAAGGCGACAAGAAGUUCGCCUGCAAGUUCUGCGCCAAGCGGUUCUUGCGCAAAGCCGACAUGGAAGUGCACUAUCGCGUGCACACGGGCGAGAAGCCCUAUCGCUGCAAAUAUCAAGAGUGCGGCAAGUGCUUUGCCCGGCGGUCGGACCUCCUGAGUCACGAGCGCACGCACACAGGCAGAAAGCCCUAUGCCUGCGCGUUCCCUGGCUGUGACCGCAGCUUUGCCCGCAAGUUCGACCUCCACAAGCACCAGCGGCUCCACGAAGACCAAACCGACAUUGGCAAAGUCAGGACCAAGAAGCGCAAACUCUCGCCGUGUCAAGCGGAUCUAGCGACCCGUGCAGCGAGUUGCGACUGUCCGAACGACGUUGCGACGCCGUUUGUAGGCGGUGCAACGUCCACGAGCGCAGCGCUGUCAGCCGAUGUGCUGGUAACACCUGCAGCAGCGUCAGCGUCAGCCGCGAUGAAGACGUCCGUGUCGAUCCCUGGCAAAUUUGCUGCUGGUCGUCGCAAGAGCGCCGCGACGGCUGCGUGCUCAAACACUCCGACGAGGCCGAAGCGCUACGAGCUCACGUGCCCCGAGAACCACAUCCACUCGCCACCCGCGUGUCUCGCAGCGCUGUCGUCGCUGGACGCCUUCUUGUUGUCGCAGGAGACGCUAGACCUGUCGCGGCCGUACUCGCUCGACGCGUUCUCGUCGCACUGUCCGUCGACGACGAUCGGCACCAGUUGCUGUCCCGCGCAUCUCGAGCUGAGACCUCCUCGACCCGAAGAAGGCACUCGAGUCUUUGCUGGGUCCAAAAUGCUCAGUGCAUCGCCGGCCGUGGAGUCGCUCUUUACCACUCCGUUCAUGCCGGGGCCAGCAAUGCCAGCGAGCGACGCACCUCCUGCUGCCGUGCAGUCGAAUGCGACGGACGGAAUCGCGUACACGAACGCUUCGCUGACUGCACUGCCGCUGUGUCGACCGCUGGACACCUCGACGGUGGACCAGACAGACUCAAAGUCGAAAUUGGCUCUACUUGUGCCAAACACCGCCGGCGACGAUUCGAUCCUCGACCCGAACAAACUGCUGUCCAGCUCACCUCGCGACGUACCGCCGAACGGUACUCCAGCAACGACGUCCCCGCUCGAGUCGCUCGUCAACUUUGGCGACAACAGUUUACUUGACGCGACCACGCGCACUGCCGCACGCGCUUCCACCGCCAAACCGGUCAAGUCUGCUGCCGACAAGCGAUGUCUGUCCAUGCCCACGUCGUCGCUCUUGGACUAUUCACGCCACAAUCGCACGUGUGGCCACUUGUCCAUCCAGCAUGGCAACCACCGCGACUACGUGGUGCAGAACCACCUCGUGUGCCAAGACAGCGUGACGCGACUUGGGGUCGUGCAGCGCACGUCUGCGAACGCCGAGGCCAAUACUGCCGUUGGCGGGUCGUUGGGCAAGUGCACGUUGCCCCGGGAUACCCAUCGACCCGGUUGUGGCCAUCUGCCCGUGCGGCACAAUGACCACAUUGACUACGUCGUCGAGGACAACUUGGUGUGCCAGCAGGCGAGUUGGUUCGAGGACGAUACGCUGGAGCUGCUGGGGGACGAUUUCUGGGACUUUUACGGGGCGAUCGACGCCUUCCCGACAAAUUGA